AUGAUCCCGUUCUUACGCACGUUUUUCGAGGAUCAAAAGUACCUGGAGCCAUGCAGCAAGAUUCUGAAGCAACUUCUCGGAGUGAAGAGUAAGCGACCAAUAUGGAAAGAGUUCAAAGCAAACUACUGGGGGCAUGAAAGUGAGAUCAAAGUCCAAAUCUCCGAGACCAAAAACUUGCUUUUGCCGGGACCACUAGGAAAAAAGGAAAGAGCUAAACUCGGGUAUCUCCAGUCGUGGAUGUUUUGUUUUCGGCAUUGGCCUGAGAUG